CCUGCGCGACCCCUUCUGCGUAGCCAAAAACCCUUAUCAGUCGUCACCCCGUCCCGCGAUCGGCUCUCCUCCUCCCUGUCGAUGAGACGAGGGGCUAUCGGCAGGCCCCCCUCCCGUGUUCUUUGUAUCUUGUUCCAAAAUCAAUCUUUUGGAAGGAAAAACUACGAGAAACUAAAAUGAUUAAACAAUUAUGCUAUAAAGCUGCCGAACAAUUGCAAAACCCACUUUGUUUUAUGAUUCAGCAGCGAGGGAUUCACAGCCGGAACAAGAAAGCCAUGGAACUAGUGGCAAAAGGUUGGAGUGCACUACAGGAAGUUGAUAGGGUCAUUGACUAUGCUGAUCGCAAUGACCAUCGUCUCAUCCCACUCCUUAGAGGCGCAAAGGAAAAUUUUGAGUUGGCGCUCGAAAUUGACAAUAUGAACACUCAUGCAAGAUACUGGUUGGGCAGGAUGCAUCUCAAGUAUCAUGUUCCCGGGGCUUGUAAAGCGAUUGGAGCAGCCUUAUUGGUGGAGGCUGCAAACAUGGGUGAUCCAGAUGCACAAUACGAACUUGGUUGCCGUCUCCGAGUUGAGAAUGACCAUGUUCAGUCAGAUCAACAAGCUUUCUAUUAUAUCGAAAAGGCUGUUGACCAGUUGCAUCCACGUGCUCUCUAUCUUCUAGGAGCUGUAUAUUUAGCUGGGGACUGUGUGAAGAAAGAUGUUGCUUCAGCUAUAUGGUGCUUCCACAGAGCAUCAGAGAAAGGUCAUGCUGGAGCAGCAAUUGCUUAUGGAUCACUUUUGCUGCAAGGUUAUGAAGUGCCAGAGGUUAUAACCAGGUUUAACUCUGAUAGGAGCCCAUCUACCGGUGCACUGAGGAAGAAAGGGAAGAAAGUUAGGCAGGACCCUUUGGUGCUGGCAAAGGAACAGUUUCAAAUUGCAGCUGAUGCUGGUUGUGAUCUUGGUCUGCGGUGGCUGAAAAGGAUUUCUGAUGAUGAGAAGUUACAGCAGCAGACAACCCAGUGAAGUCUCUAUUCAUACCAAUGACUCUAGCAGUCUAUACUUGUAUCCUAGCGCAGCAACCAACUGAAAAUGUUUAAAUGGGUAAUAAUUUGGUUGGGCAUUGUCUUAUCUUUUUGGUUAAUAUGUCUACCAAACUCAAAUGAUUAGAUUAUACCUCAUCCUUUUGCAUACAAUGUAGCCCCAAUGUCUGUAUUAUUUUUGUGGUAAAGACACGUAUUUGGUUUUAUAA